AUCCGAUCAUGCAAACACUACUGUUGUUGACUUCACGACCGAACAGAAGGACCUGGGAAGAAUAAGAAACGAAUCGCCGCCGCCGCCGUCCUGUCGUACCCAUUGCGGGCCGCCGAUCCUCAUGUUCUCAAACCUGGGCCUCUUCUCAGGAGUACCCUGCCCGGACUCCCGAUGCAAUCGACGACCCUGUCUAUUCUCUCAUGAUCGAUCCAUCACCGCCGAGAUCAUCGAGGGAGAUGAGCUGGCCAAGAAGACGGCAGCCAAGUUACAGGCCAGACCGGCGGGAUGGAAAGCUCCUCCAGCGAAACGCCAGGCAAUCUCGCUCUCUGCGCCGACGCCGUACAUGACGGUUCCAUCCAGUUCGAAUUCGGCUUCGAGCUCGAGGUUACCGUCGUCAUCAGCCAAUGCUGUCACAAACUCUCCCUCCUCAUCUUCUUCACGACUACCUCCCAAGACUAGCCUGAACUUGAAGAUUCCCGUACUCCAGAUCAACUCCCGUCUCUCCCGUCAGCCCGUGAUGGACCGCCGUAAAGGUCUUGAGAGAUUAUACGACGAAUACAAACGGACCUACGCCCGGAUCCUCCCUCUCAACACCGACUUGGCGGCCGAUCAUGCGUUGGCGGAAGAAAUGGCGAUAUCGUUCAGCACGACCGUGGCUUCCUAUUCGUCAGCCGUCAGGUCAGCUUGCAUGUCGAUCAAGACGAGAGAACCACCCAAGGAUCUGGGGUCGAGGUUUUGUGGGACGAUCGCCGACGUAAAGACCAAGAUGAAGAAAUGGGAGGAAGAACAAAAGUCCAGGUUGACGAGGGAUAAAGUCAAGAAGUACGUCGCCACCCGUGCCCAGAUGGAAUUGUUCGGUUAUCUUUACGCUUGUCCCCCUGGGGAGGGGAGCACGCAUACGACCUGUCUAGGCGAACGCAAGAUGUGCGACCGCUGCGGCGUCGACUUUACCGUCCGUGGCCCCUCCGAACAACGCGUCGACCCUCAUCCUCCCUGUGUGUACCACUGGGGGAAAGCUACCAUGGAACGCUUGGAUGGGGUCAGGAUGCAACGUUGGAGUUGUUGCGGAUCCGAUCGGACGCUCAACGAACCAGGGUGCGCCGUAGCCGAGUUUCACGUAUUCAAAGAUGGAAAGAGUUGGAAGUUUUCAGACCGACGAGGAGCUACGGACCUACAGGCCGAGAAGAGGGAGAAGGAGGAGGAGGUCGAGGUUUUGCACUCGAGGGAGGGGUUUAGGAGUACUUUGAAGGUCUUGCGUGAGAUCAGAGACGAAGACAAGGUCGGAACGAUGGGCAGAGGCGAGGGCGAGAAUGUCAUCGAUGUCGAUGCUGCACGGGGGGAAAAGAGGAAAAGAACACGAGAACCUCACGAAGUCGUCGCUAUGGACUGCGAGAUGAUCUACACGUCGAGCGGAAUGUCGUUGGCUCGCGUGAGCGUGCUAGAUGCCCAAGGAGAUACGAUCCUGGACGAGUUCGUUAAACAAACAGCUACCAUACUUGACGUGAAUGAGAAGUUUUCCGGGUUGACCAUGGAAGACAUGAACAGCGCGACAAAAGACCUACCAGAAGUCAGGCGGGAGAUGUGCCGGUUGAUCGACGAGGAUACGAUCAUUAUCGGUCAUGGACUGGAAAACGACUUGAAAUCCUUGCGGCUGGUUCAUAGGCAGGUGAUCGAUACGGCCAUCUUGUUUCCUCAUCCCAAGGGCGCCCCUUUCAGACGUGCUCUCAGAGACCUUACGAGCGAAAAGCUUGGCGUCUUUAUUCAGAACAACAUCCUCGAAGAAGGUCACGAUAGCGGUGCCGACGCCCGUGCAGCGCUCGACCUCGUCAAGUGGAAGGUGAGAAAGGACGAUGCUGCCCCCGGAGACUUUAGCUAUGCGUAGAAGCUCGUCAUACGAUAGAUUGAUAUGUGGCUCGGCCCGGUUGUACAAAAGAGUGGCCGAUUUGGUCCUCGACGUGUCUCUAUACCUCGCCCAAUUUCAUCGCCCGUCGUUCGGUAUUGAUGGCGGCCUUGAAUUUUUGCAAGACUGGUUGCGGAU